AUGCGGGGUAGCCAGGUAAUGGACGGCGCCCCUGGUUUUACAUCGUGCUCGCUCAAGCCCGGCGACGAAUUUGUGUACCGCUUUACGCUGCAUCCCGAAGAUGUUGGGACACAUUGGUACCACUCGCACGUUGGAACAUCGCGUGCGGAUGGUCUCUGGGGCAUGUUUACUGUGCAUGCUCGCGGCAACGAGCAGGCGGAGCUGGAAGCUCGGGCAAAUGACACGUCGCAUGCUUUGCACUGGGAUGAAGAGGUGGCGGUCUCGCUUGGCGACCAUUUCCACCAGCAGGGCCCUGAAUUUCUAGCGUGGUACGUCUCUCGCUAUUCCCAAAAGGCGGAGCCUGUCCCUGCGAGUGGCCUCAUCAACGGCAAGCACCGCUUUAACUGCGAGCACAGUCGUCUGUCCAAUAUCCCAUGUCCUGCCGACAUUUUCGGCAAGGAGGAAGUGGGAGAAUACACCACUUUCACGCUGCAGCCUUCGCGCAGGUACCGCCUCCGUAUUGUGAAUGUCGGUGCGCUUGCCGACCAGACAUUUUCAGUGGACGGCCAUACACUGACGGUCAUUGAAGCGGACGGCUUGCUUGUGCAGCCCAUCACGGUCCACCGCUUGCCGAUUGCGCCAGGCCAGCGCUACUCGGUCUUGCUGAACCGCGUGAAUGACACAGACCGGGCAUGGAUGCGCUCGGAAAUGUCGCCCGAGUGCUUCCAGUACCCGAAUCCUGUGACAAAUUACGAGACGAAGGCCAUUGUGUCCUACGCCCCUUCGGACGAGACUGUGGGCGGAUGGCUUUCACCGCUUCGCCGCGCGACGUAUGGCCGCGAUGUUCUGGCCCGCUUUACUUCGACGGAGCGCCAGCGCCGCCAUGUACAGGCGCUGCUUCCCAACACGGUGGGGUGGGCUAGUGACGUGCAAGAUCCCGAGGUGCCAACGGAGCCCUGCCACGACCUGGAGCCCGGCACGCUCGUGCCGCUCAUCCCUGAUCCUGCUCCUGAACUGCGCCUCGAUCAAGGCGAUGUGCGCUCGACCGUCUAUGUCACUGUUCCUAUCCGUGAACGCUGGGGCAUUGCGCCAAUGGCGUAUAUGAACCACACGACGUGGCGCUCAGGCGGCGGUGCCGAAUACAAGCGCCCCUCUCUUCUCCAUCGCAUCUCUCACGCAAACUCGACGGAUGACAAAGAUUGGCGGAAGGAUGGCACCGUGGUCGAUGAGUACGAGCUCGUUGUUUCUCCCCACCCCAGCCGCCCUGUGGUGUUUGAAUUGGUGAUCAACAACCGUGACGACUCCCCUCAUCCUUUUCAUCUGCACGGCCACAAGUUCUGGGUAAUGGAAACCGGCGAAGUGGACCCCGAAUUUGGUGGAUUUGACGACUACCGCGACGUUGGCCAGACCUAUGAUUUACAACGUGCUAUGAAGCGUGACACCUUCAUCGUGCCUAUGAUGGGCCAUGCAGUCAUCCGCUGGGUCGCGGACAAUCCUGGUGUAUGGGCGUUCCACUGCCAUAUGCUUGUCCACCUUGCGAGCGGCAUGGCGAUGGCAAUUGCCGAGCAGCCGGCCCUUCUCCAAGCCACACCGCCUGUGCCCCCGACCUGUUCAUAG